AUCUCGGGAAAGUUUGUCCUUUGCUCCUUUGGGUUAUACAUCUGCAGGUCAGGCAGUCCAGCAAAAGAGCUCAGAUACUUGUACGGAGCAGUUGGAAAGGCACUACUUCAGAAAAGAUGUGGCUGCUUUCCCUGGUCCUCUGCUCCCUCACUGCUAUCUCCAUUCAGGGGAAGCAGUCCUCAACACCUGUAGUGAACACUCAAUAUGGAAAAGUCCGAGGCAAAUGUGAAAGUCUAAAAGAAUUUGGCAAAACUGUCAACAUUUUCCUGGGGGUCCCUUUUGCCAAAGCCCCUCUUGGACCCCUGAGAUUUACCCCACCACAACCUGCAGAACCAUGGGACUAUGUGAAGAACACAACUACUUACCCACCCAUGUGUGCCCAGGACCCAGUGGCUGGACAAUUACUCUCUGACCUUUUUACCAAUCGGGAUGAAAAAAUUUCCUUGAAAAUAUCUGAAGACUGUUUAUACCUAAACAUUUAUACCCCUGCUGACCUAUCAAAGAAGACCAAGUUACCUGUGAUGGUAUGGAUCCAUGGAGGGGGUUUACUGGUGGGUGCUGCAUCCACCUAUGAUGGGCUGGCCCUCUCAGCCCUUGAGAAUGUGGUGGUAGUGGCAAUUCAGUAUCGCCUGGGAAUCUUUGGAUUCUAUAGCACUGGAGAUGAACAUGCCCGAGGAAACUGGGGUUAUUUAGAUCAAGUGGCUGCACUCCAGUGGGUUCAGGACAACAUUGCCAAUUUUGGAGGAGACCCAAGCUCAGUCACCAUCUUUGGGGAGUCAGCAGGAGGUGUCAGUGUUUCAGCCUUGGUUUUAUCUCCUUUGGCCAAGGACCUUUUUCAUCGGGCUAUUUCUCAGAGUGGAGUUGCCUUAACAGAGUGUCUGUACAAUUCCAGCAUCAUGGCAGCAACUGAGAAAAUUACAACUUUUGCUGGGUGUAAAACAAUCACUUCGGCCAGUAUGGUUCAUUGUAUGAGGCAAAAGUCAGAGGAGCAACUCCUGGAUGCAGGUCUGGAAUUGGGAUUAUUCGGGCUGGAUUUCCUGGGUGACCCCUUGGAGAAAAUUUCUUUCAUACCUGGAGUCAUUGAUGGAGUAUUUUUACCUAAAAGUCCUGAAGAGCUCCUGGCUGAAAAGAAGUUCAAUCACGUUCCCUUUAUCAUAGGAAUCAACAAUCAUGAAUUUGCCUGGAUUCUCCCAACUCUGAUGGAGUUCCCUUUCUCAGAUGGCCUACCAGACCAAGAAACAGCAAGAAACCUAUUAUGGAGCACCUACCCACUUGUUCAAAUCCCCAAAGACCGUAUUCCUAUUAUAAUUAAGGAAUAUCUUGGAAUGAUAAUAGAUCCUAUCAAAAUGCAAGACCAAUUUGUGAACUUGAUGGGAGACUUGAUAUUUGGAAUUCCAUCCGUGAGGUUGGCUAGAUUUCACAAAGCAUCAGGUGCACCCACGUACAUGUAUGAAUUUCAACAUAGGCCAAGCUUCUCAGAUAACUUGAAACCAGAAAAAGUGAUGGCAGACCAUGGGGAUGAAAUUUUCUCUGUCUUUGGGGCUCCAUUUUUGAAAGAAGAUUCUCCAGGAAAAGAGAAGAAACUUAGCAGGACAGUGAUGAAAUACUGGGCCAACUUUGCUCGGAAUGGGACCACAAUGAAAAUGUUCUUGAUUAGAGUCCUCCAACUGAAGAGACUUUAGAUGUCGCUAGAAUGUCACUGAGGGUGGGGAACACAGUUAAGCAUUCCAAAACCUUGAGUGUGUUUGGCAAGCAAAUAAGGUAUUUUUUUUUUUGUUAUUACAAUUAACACAAGUCUGGCUUCUGUUAAAAAAGAAUAUGGAAAUGCAUUCCUUAUCAUUAGCACAGACAUUGUGGAGUCAUUAGAAAAGUCAACUCAGAAUAAGAAACCCUGGACUGGAAUCCUAGUUCUUCUAUUUACUAACUCUGACCAUGAACAAAGGCCAUAACCUAAGCAUAGGUGUAGGGAAGGAAGCAAUUAUUUCCAUUUUGUACACAGUGAAUGUCAGAUGCUUAUGGGAUAUCCAGUUGUAAAUGUUCAAUAUAUAGGAUAAGCUCCAAAUAUAUGAAUCAUUUAAAUAUAUAAAGCAGCCUCAAAUAAACAGCUCAACACAGUA